AUGACAAACCCAUUUGAUCCUGCAACCCAGGCAACUGGAGACAACAAUGUCGCACCAGUUGUCCAAGCACGACUGACCGAAAUCAAGAUACGUCUCCCAGAUGACUUCAAUGGAGACAGGAAGAAGACCCGAACAUUCUACCUUGCCACUCAACUAUACAUGAUGGCAAACAAGCACAUCUACGACACCGACGAGAAGAAGAUCACAUUCUUCAUCUCCUUCUUGAAAGAAGGAACUGCUGGCCCAUGGGCUGAGGCAGAGAUGACAAAGGCAUUCACCAAUGACCAAGGAUUUGGCACAUGGGAAGCCUUCACGACAUGA